UUUAAGGCUGUUCGUAUCUUAGUUGUAACCCGUCUUGCCGUCGGCCCAUCGAUUUCUUCCAGCGAUAUCGAUCGAACGGCGGCUGGAGAGAGCGAGGGAGAGAUGUCGAGGCCGGCUCGGAGCGACGCCCACUUGCCGCCGGAGGAGGCCGCGAAGGUGGAGGCGGAGACGAGGGACUAUUUUGAGGGGAUCGCGCCGAAGCGCCACACCAAGCCCUCCAGAAGCGACUACUCCGCCGUAUACUCCGACGCACUCCGCUCCUCCGACCCCGAUUCCAUUCCCGAACUUGACAAGCUCCGACAUCUCGAGACCGAUCCCCUGAAACUAGUCUGCGAUGGGCAGGAAGUGGAAGAAGAAUAUGUGGAGACGGAGUAUUACAAGGAUCUCAACGGUAUAGACAAGGAACAUCACACGACAGGGACAGGUUUCAUCAAAGUAGAAAUGAAAAAUACUGGCAGUUUUGUCCUAGGACAAGCACCUGAUGCAUCAGACUUCCAGGCACCUUUCAAGGGGAAUCCGGCUACAAAUGAAUGGAUUCCCUCUGCAGACAUAAUUAUUCCUGCUUCAAACAAGCCCAAGAGGAGCGACAUUUAACAUGUUCAUCCAUGGAUUGGUUCUGCCUAUGCAAUCAGCAAUUGCCUUACUACAAAGUAUCAGUAGAAUAAACUCUAGCGUGCUAGUUGUGUGGUAAUGUUUUAAGAUGUAUAUCUAAUCGUUUGUUUCCUUAUGGUGUGUUUGCUGGGGCAUCAUUUGAAGGCUAUUGUAAAAUGAAACAAAGAAGAUUAAAUGGGAAAGAAAUACCUGCCUAUAGUAAAAUAUGAUAUUGAUCUAA